AUGAGCGAGCCUCUCGUCAAUGAGCAGCCCGACCUGUCAGAUUUGACUGGUUCACCAGGUCCAAAACGGAAACGUGAGGCAACCAGUCCAUCGGCCCAACGGAAUCCCAAGAGGGUCGCCCCUCAGGCAAACAUGGACACUGCGUCCUUCAUUGAGCGAGCCGUACAGCAUCUCGCCGAUGUUGAAAAUGCCAACGCCAACAACAGCAAUAGCAACAGCAACAACAACGGCGUUAAUGUCGCCGACUUCACAGCUCUUCAGCAAGCAGCUAGAGAAGGGACGGAAGCCGCCGACACAUCCAAUGCGACGAGCACAGCGCAGGCGGUCCUCGGCAUGUACCCGACGCUCCAUAUCCCUUCAUCCACUGAGGAGCAAUUCGCCGCACAGGCCGCUGCAGAGGCAAACGGGCAUCACAAUGCACUAGCAGGCUUGGAUGACCCGUCACCACAAGUGCAGCAUCAGUCGCCGGAGCAGCAGCCACAGGCAGGCCAGCCUCAAGCUCCGCCUCCGCCGCAAUUGCAGGCGGAGCCCCAGCCUGAGGCUCAGGUCCACCAACAGCACGACCAUGUACAGCCCGAACAUGACGGCCAGAAGCAGCACGAUAUGACAUCACCUGACGACUACGCCAAAGACCCAUCAGUUUCCGAGUCCGCGGUGCCACAGAACAACUCCAAGGAUGGGGUGGCAGAUGCUUCUGACGGCAGCAGCCGCUAUCACGUCGUGCUGCCGUAUGUCAAGCCUACCGUCGGUUCUGAGGAAUGGCAUAAAAUGAGAAAAGACAAUCAUAAAGAAGUGGAGCGCCGCCGCCGUGAAACCAUCAACGAAGGUAUCAAUGAGCUCGCCAAGAUCGUACCCGGAUGUGAAAAGAACAAGGGUUCUAUUCUGCAACGCGCCUGCCAGUUCAUCACGCAACUGAAAGAGAAUGAACAGCACAACAUUGAGAAGUGGACGCUCGAAAAGCUGCUUACAGAGCAAGCGAUAACAGAGCUGAGUACAAGCAAUGACAAGCUUAAAGCAGAAUGCGAGCGGCUGUAUCGCGAGUUUGAGACGUGGAAAAGAGUCGCGCAAAACGCUGGUCUGGAGGCGCCUCUCCAGACGAACGACAAAGAAGAGGCCGCGCCGACCACGACCGAGGACAAGAGCUAG